UUUCCUCUGCCUUCCCUCCCUAGCUGCAUUCUUUCUGACUGGUCACUUUCCUUCGGUUAAACCAAAUGUUAUUUUUUAAUAAAUUGAGUGUCUUCUAGGGAGGUAAGUGGGAGGAGAGACAAAGAGGGGAGGAGUCAGUGAGAGAGGAAAGAGAUACAAAUCUUAAAAUAUAAAACAGAGCUUGCUGAACCAGUAUUUUAAAAAAAUAUAUUCAAAAGCUACAGCACUGCUGUGUUGUUUGAACAAGUCUUUUUUAAAAAAAAACAUUUAUCGCUUAGCUGUGGGACUGGGAAACAGAGAUGCAGGGAAUGGAUUUUGAAGAUAAGUCACCCAAAAAGUACUGCAUGAAGAAAAAGCACGUGGCUAUCAUCUGUGCCGUGGUCACUGCUGUAGGUCUAAUUUUGGGACUUGCACUGGGAUUAACCAGACCAAAGGACUGCUAUACUUCUGAAGAUGGGCAGGUGCCAACAGAACCAUCCACAAGCCCUGCACCAGAAGACAGAGACCCCUGCCCUGCUCAGAAUGAUGACAGUGGAGACUGGAGAAAUUUCAGAUUACCCCUCUACGUUAAACCAAUUCAUUAUGACUUGGAGCUGAUGCCAGAGAUGGAAGCAGACCGUUACACUGGAAACGUCAUUAUCUUCAUCCAGUUGGAAGACUCAAGCAAGCACUUGUGGCUUCACCUCCGGGAGACUAAGCUCACAGAAAUGCCCCUUCUCAAGAAGUCCUCUGGCGAGUCACUAACUCUCAAGCGAUGUUUUCAAUACAAACCGCAGGAAUAUAUAGUGAUAGAAGCAGCAGAAGAACUUCCUCCUGCCACUUAUCUCCUGGUUAUGAAGUUUCAAGGCCAUUUAAAUGGUUCCCUGGUUGGAUUUUACAGAACAACUUACAUGGAGAAUGGAGUAACUAAGAGCAUAGCAGCUACUGAUCAUGAGCCAACAGAUGCACGGAAAUCAUUUCCUUGCUUUGAUGAGCCUAACAAAAAGGCAACAUACAAUAUAUCCAUUAUCCAUGAAGACACAUAUCAAGCUCUGUCAAACAUGCCAGUGGAGGAAGUAGUAUCAUUGGGUAAUGGUUUGACUCGGACAACGUUCCAAAAAUCUGUCAAAAUGAGCACUUAUUUGGUGUGCUGGGCUGUGCACCAGUUUAACUUCACAGAAAGAAUAUCAGCCACAGGAGUUCGUCUCCGUGUUUAUGCACAGCCACAGCAAAUACACACAGCAGAAUAUGCAGCAAAUGUGACUAAAAUUAUAUUUGACUUCUUUGAAAAGUAUUUCAAUAUGAACUAUUCUAUUCCCAAACUGGACAAAAUAGCCAUUCCCGAUUUUGGUACUGGGGCCAUGGAAAACUGGGGGCUGAUCACCUACAGAGAAACAAAUCUCCUUUAUGAUCCCAAAGAAUCUGCAGCUUCUAACAAGCAAAGAGUGGCCGCUGUAGUUGCCCAUGAACUUGUACAUCAGUGGUUUGGAAAUAUCGUGACCAUGGAUUGGUGGGAUGACUUAUGGCUGAAUGAAGGGUUUGCCAGCUUCUUUGAGUUUAUAGGUGUAAAUGAAGCAGAAAAAGAUUGGCAAAUGCUGGACCAAAUUUUAAUUGAUGACCUGUUUCCAGUCCUGAAAGAAGACUCUUUGCUCUCCUCCCACCCUAUUGUAGUGAACGUGAAUUCUCCUGAUGAAAUAACCUCUGUGUUUGAUGGCAUAUCCUACAGUAAGGGAGCAUCAAUCCUCAGAAUGCUUCAAGACUGGAUCUCACCAGAAAACUUCCAAAAAGGAUGUCAGAACUACUUAGCCGAGAACGAUUUCAAAAAUGCAAAAACAGAUGAUUUCUGGGGAGCAUUGGAAAAGGCAAGUGGUAAACAAGUGAAAAAAGUGAUGGAUACCUGGACCCGGCAGAUGGGAUACCCUGUGUUGCAUGUGGACUCUAAUUCAAAAAUCACACAGAAACGUUUUCUCCUGGACCCCAAAGCAAAUGCUUCCCAGCCACCUUCAACAUUCAGUUACAAGUGGAAUAUUCCAGUGAAAUGGUACGAGGGGGAUCUGACUAAUGUAACAUUCUACAAUAUGUCAGAAUUAUCAGGAAUUACACUUACAAGGCCCAACAAUCCCAGUCCUGGUUCUUUCUUGAAAAUAAACCAGGAUCAUGUUGGCUUUUAUCGUGUCAACUAUGAAAAUGAAACCUGGGCUGACUUAGCCAAUAUUAUGAUGAACAACCAUCAGAAUUUUUCUUCAGCUGAUCGUGCUGGGUUUUUAGAGGAUGCCUUUUCAUUGGCCAGGGCUGGACUCCUGGGUUAUGCUUAUGCUUUGAACCUCACAAAAUAUCUACAAUAUGAGGAAGAAUACAUACCUUGGCAUAGAGUCAUAGCAGCAGUAUCCUAUAUUGGAAGCAUGCUGGAAGAUGAUCAUAUUCUUUAUCCCAAGUUUCAGGAAUAUUUUCGUACCCUAGUCAAACACAUUGCAACUCAGCUGGGAUGGGACAAUAAAGGAAGCCAUAUCGACAGUCUUCUCCGUGUGUCUGUUCUAGAAUUUGCAUGCAGCAUGGAUGAUCCGGAGGCUUUGAAUAAUGCAUCUAGUUUAUUUAAAGACUGGCUGAGUGGAACAAGUCUGGAUGUAAAUCUCCGCCUCCUGGUGUACCGCUAUGGAAUGCAGCACUCCAGCAAUGAGGAAGCCUGGGAUUACAUGUUUCAGAAGUAUCAAAAUACAACAUUAGCUCAAGAAAAGGAAAAGUUGCUGUAUGGCCUGGCAUCUGUGAAAAAUGUUGCUCUGCUGAACAGAUUUUUAAAUCAAAUCAGCGAAACCAAUCUCAUUAAAAGUCAAGAUGUGUUCACUGUCUUGAGGUACAUUUCCUACAACAGCUACGGCAAAACAAUGGCUUGGGACUGGGUACGACUCAACUGGGAAUAUUUAGUCGGCAGAUACACUCUCAAUGACAGAAACCUUGGCCGUCUCAUAUCAAGAAUAACAGACUCAUUCAACACUGAUAUCCAGCUUUGGCAGAUGGAAUCUUUCUUUAAAAAAUAUCCUAAUGCUGGAGCUGGAGCAGCAUCCAGAGACCAGGCUCUUGAAACGGUGAAGAGCAACAUUGAAUGGCUAAAGGCCCACAAAGAAGAAAUAGCAGCCUGGCUGACCAGUUAAGAGUGAACACACCUUGCAUAAAAUUCCUUGCAUUUAUUGCCCCGUACACAAACUCUUUAGGACUUUAUAUUCGAAGCACAACAAAUGGGGGACUUGUAUUGGUCUUUUAUUGGGGUCCUGAAAACAACAAACACUCCCAUUUGCAAACAGUAAUUUAUUUAAAAGUUUGCUCCAGGUAGCCAGAUUGGCAUCCCUUGACCCUGGAAACCUUCCUUGUCACCAGUAUCUUUGAUCUCAUUUAUUUUUGUGGGAUGAAUUGUGUGUGUAAAAUGAUCAUGUGGCAUUGCUAAUGAUAGGGUCAGGGUCCUAGCUUUGUUCCAGGCUAUUUAUGUUUGCAUUUUGGUACAAAACCUCUACAUUUAUUCCAUAUAGUCAGGAUGCCCUUCCAAAUAUAACUUAGUAGAAAUCCAUUCUGCAGUGAAACUUUUGGCUCUAACUCCAUUAAAAAAAUGAUGUAGAAACAUUUUCUCAGAUAGCUGAUGUUAACUAGGAAGUGAAAUCACAGCCAAAACAACUGGGCUUGAACUUUGCCCAUCCACUGCCGAUCAACAUGGCUACUCACCAGAAACUAAUGUGCUCUUGUUAAACAAGCCUUCAGAAUGAUGUUCUUCACCAUGUGCACAAUUGUGUGCGCAAAAUGUAUUGGGCUGGAUCCGAAGUUUAAUUUCUGUUCAUGGAAAGAUGCUUCCGUCAAGUGAAGAGAACUUUCCCCCCUUCCCCUUCCCUCUGCAGCUCACUGAGCUCCCACGAAUGGUCUGCUCCCCCCAGGGGCAGCAUUUCCGGUCGUUCAGUGGACUGCAUUGGGAAGGAAGAGGGAGAGAAGUUAAAUGGCGUGCCUUCUAUUAAUGGAAAAUUAAGUCUGUAUGCAACUCAUGAUUUCCAAAUAGAUUUUUGUUUCCAGUCAUUUUUGAUCUCAUAAAUUUGGCAUGCUGCUGAACAGAAACUUGAGAGCAGAGCAAUUUUACAGUCUGGACUUAAUAGUCUUAAAGGGUGAUAUAAGUAAAUGGUGAUAUAUACAUAUAAUCAGAGGGUUGGAAGGGACCUUCAAGAUCAUUUAGUCCAACCUCCUGCACAACACAGAAAAUUCACAACUACACUCCCAGCGACCCCUACUCCAUGCCCAGAAGAUGGCAAAACACCAUCAGGAUCCCCAGCCAAACUAGCCUGGGGAAAAUUGCUUCCUGACCCCAACAUGGCAAUUGCCACUACCCUGGGUAUGUAAGAAGGGGCCAUGCAAAUGAAGCAUAAAUGCAAAGUGGUGACCUGUCUUUGGGAGCUGUGCUGAACUCUGAAGUCCAGCCUGAUGGCACCCAUGCAACUAACCAACAAGGAACACUGUCUGGUCAGCGCCCUCGAGGGCUGUUGCCAGUCCAUGGAUAACAGACCAAUGAUCUGACUGCCAGUUUUCUGUCUUCCUAUCGCUCCGUUCCCACAUGGAACUGCAUGCGGCAGGGAGAUAAGAGUAUACGCAAAACAACCUAAAGCAAACACAUGUUCUCUCUGGCCCUGGCUAGUACUUGGCUGGGUGACCACCAAGGAAGCUCAGCAUCACUAUGCAGAGGCAGGCAAUGGCAGCCUCCCUCUGACCAUCUCUUGCCUUGAAAUCCCCACAGGGUGGCCAUAAGUUGGCUGCAACUUGACUGCAUAAUAGUGAAAUGAUGAGGAUGAUGGACUAAAUUCUUUACACUGUGAUUCUAAGUGCUUUAAACUAACAAAACCAAAAAUCAUGCCUGGUCUACCAAGCACUGUGAAAAUAUCACCCAAACCAGCCAUUCCUGUGGCAAAUAAUUCCACCUGCCAGCCGUUAUGUUAAGAGCUGCUCACCCCAUUGGUUGUGAUAAUUAUGCAAAGAACCUUCAUACUUUUGCCAGCAGUUGGCAGAGACGUCUGGUUGGGGUCAUGGAGAUUCUCAGUUGAUGGAUUCAGCGUACACAAUAAACAACUGCGAACAUUGUGUUUGAGAGCAACUGUUUGGGGUAGCAAAACUCUGUGGUGAGAACAGCGCACGUGCUGACCCCAAGCUCCAUGUGCUUGUAAUCUGAGUGCCAAAAUGAUCUUGUAUCGUUUGUGCUAUUUUUAAGUCACUCUGGGAAAAAAAAUUGCACUUUCUAAUUUUAAACACUGAUUUGUUCUCCUCUUAGAAGGACUCUAUGAACGUGUUCCAAAGCUGCAGAAAAUAAGCAGCAGUAUCGCUUGGCUUGUCCUUCCUACAUUUCCUUUCCGAAGUGCAAUAUUUCACUGCUGCAGGACUGCCUUUGAAUGUUAAUCCAGACAGUCGGUGCCAAAUGCAGCUGCCAAGCUCUGAACUGGGGACGGGUGUGUGUCCAGAAGGCACAUCAAUAAUUACUGAAUCAGUGGGCUUCUGGGUACGGCCCAAGGUACUGUUCUUUUACCUGCAGGGCUCUUCAUAGUCCGGAUCUGAUUUUGCUAUGAUGUGAAGGAUUUAGAAAUGGUCUGUGAUGAUUUGUGUUAAACUGAAAAAUUAAUCUAAAAGAGAUGAAGUUGUUUCUAAACUUCUCAGGGACUGAGAGUAGGAUUUAAUCACAGAUGAUUACAAGGACCUGUCCAAAGCUACACAGCAUCGUAGCGUUUGAGUGUGGGUCAUAUUCAGCCAAACUUUGCGUUCCAUCCACUGCAGCAUGCUGGCUUUCCAUCAUAAGAAUGAGAAAGCCCCCCCACCACCACCACUACACACACACAGCAUGUGAUUUUAAAUGCUGGUGCCCCAUUUUCCAUUUUGAUAAUACAAAUUUGUUGAAUGAAAAUGAAGGUAGGGAUAAUAGCACAAUUUUAGUAGAUAAACAAAGAGAGGAAUUAACCAAUGGGGUGCACUGCAGAGUGCAAGUAUUUUCAGUUUGACCCUAUGAUGUAUCAUGAUGUAUUAAGAGCAGCCUCUAGUGGCAUACUGAAGUCAUUGCAGCCAAUUAAAAAGCCACACAAACUUUCGCUGUAUGUCAUGCAGUCUUAAGACAUGCUAACCGGGGCUGGAGAAUUCAUGAAACUGGGAUCUUUUGGUUGACUAGAAUGCCUGUGUGGAUGGAGAUAAUAAAAUGCCCAGUGUUUGUUAGUCAUUUAAAGCUUCAGGGCUUGGUAUUUAAUGUUUCCAAAGAUCUCUGUAUGGACAGAUGUAACUCUGGUGACAUAGCAAGAAAUAAACACAUUUUUAUGAUA